AUGGACUCUCGUGAAGUAGGAAGUCAGCCCAUCAGCGUUGAGUUCAAAUACGGAUAUUUGAAAACUUCGUACCGGGCCUUUUCCACAUCUUGUUCGAGCGCCGGUUCAGAUCUCAAAUCCGACAUGGUGUUUUUGAAUGAACAACGGCUGAGUUUCCAAAACCACCCCUCCGCUUGCGAAAUGAUGGGCCAUUGCCUGCUCCAAGGACAGCUUUGGAGCAGUCUGGGCUAUCUCACCUCCGUGAAACAAGAUAGUCACGACCAGCAACACAGUUUUGCCAUGGUCUUGAAAGAUAACAUCAUAAACACACAAAUGGACCAGGAUCUCCGAAAUGGGGCCCAUCAGAUCGCCACUCUGAGCAACACCCGUGUGCAUACUCUCGACAUCGUCGUAUUCCAGCUGCAUAUAUUCGAUUCUCGACUAACUGCGGACAACGAUGAUUUCGUGCGAGAUCUGCUUGAAGAUCUUAACUACCUAAUGGCCAGCAACUAUUUGCAACUCGAAACCAGUUUUCCUCUGGUAUUUUCUUUCUAUUCCAGGUCAAUUAUCCACCAAUCGUAUGAGUUGAUGUCUUCAGUGCAAGAAUCUCUCCAUAAAAGCAUGGAAACAAAACAACUGGUACGCCAGGACCUCACAAUCGGGUUUCUGAAACAAGUCUCAGCAAACAAUCUCCAACAGUUUCUUGCAAAAAACAAGUCUCCACGACGGAUAAAGUCAAUCAAGGUGUUUGUACUCGAGUUUUUCAACCAUCAAGCCUCCUUAUAG